GCGUUGCGUAAUUAUGGAUUCUUGAAUGUAAUGGUAAAUACCAUCGACUCUUAUCAAGGCAUGGAAUGUGAUGUCAUCAUAAUUUCAAAUGCACGUACCACUGGCAUUGGAUUCUUGGCAAACUAUCAGCGCUUGAAUGUGGCUUUAACUCGACCGAAAAAGUGCCUUAUACUGUGUGGAAACUUCAAAAAUUUGGAGGCGGUGCCGGCUUGGCGUAGCCUGUUAGCCUCGGCACGCGAGCGCAAAUUAUACCAUGAACUUAGUGCCGAUUGUAUGGACGAUAUGCACCGAAAUGUUAUUCCAAAGAUCAAGAUUUCAAAACCGACAGUUACAGCAGAUACGGCGACAGCAACAACAAGGAAGGAGUUAGCGGUAGUUCCUACAUUAAACAAAUGAGAAAACCAAAUUCAGUCAGAUGAGGAUGUAAUCGAUACAGAGCUGUAAAAUAUUAUUUUCUACUGUACUCCAUUCACUAUUUACAAGUGAAUAUUUCAUUGCGACAGCGUUUUUCUUUAAUUUACAUAUAUAAAAUUAUAAGGCAUGUACAAACAAUGUUAAAGAGCUUUGAAAGUUUUGUUACGUAGAAUUUUAAUAUAGACUGGAAUAAUUCCACAUUUCUCAUAGUUCGAGCAUAUUUUUCACUGAAUUUAAUGUGAUAUAUUAAAUUACGCUUUCCCAAAGGCUUAACAUAUUAAUGCUCCUAAUAACCCAGCUAGCACAUUUGCCAGACAAUUUCUGAUAUCAGACAAGUCGGAAUAAAAAGUUGACUAUUUAGACAAGUCUUACAGGUUUCGUACAGAUUUCUGGGCGAAAUGUCUGGAGAAUUUUAUUUAUUUCCUUAUCCGAUAUGUCUGAUCGAAUUAUGUCCGAUUUCGGGCAUACACGUCUGAUAAUUCUUAUUUUCCAUGUUAGAUAUCCGUCAGAAUCGUCGGUAAUUAAGUCAGAAUUUCCCACGUCGUGUCGGUUAGACUUCCUGUCAACCUCUCCAUACGCUUCUCUAACCGAUAUCGGCCAAAAUCAUACAGAUUUCUGACUUUUUUGCCGACGAGUCUGACGGAUAUCUCACAGAUUUCUGACAAUUUUGCUAGCUGGGAAAUAAGCAUUUUCAUUUAUUAUAAAAUCGAAUAAAUUUGUAUGUGUGUAUCAUAACACCUUACAGCUCUGCCAAACAAUCAUCAUACUGCUUUUGUAUACAUAGCAUAGUACUUAGUUAUUAGUAACGGAUUAAUUAGUUUUUUAUAAAGUCUAUUAACUUGCUAUACAAAGUGAUAGCCAUAUAGCCUCAGAAGCAUUGUUGCUACUGUUAAGGGUAAGCAUAGCUGCGCUGACAUAGAGUUUUUCGAUUUGCAUUUGGUUUUGUUUAUUAUUGAAGUCAUUUGAAGCUCGCUCACUUGAAAUUUUUCUACAACCUGACGAAACCGUCUGUGUUUGUACACAAACCAAAAAUAUGAUAACACAAUUUCAAUGCUGAAAAAUUCCAUGUCAUCGUAGGACCUAAACAAUUUUUAUGAAAUAAGAGAAUGAAAUUCAUAUUAAAAAUACACAAUAUAUAAAAAGGACGCGUCCAAAUUAAAAAAAAAAUAUUCUUAUUCAAGAACAUACAAGUGUAUGGUGUACGCAGCACAAAUGUAUAACAAAGAUUAUUUUUAAGCGCGUAUAAAUGUAAUAAUUCGUGAAGUUUAUUUUUAAGUGCCAAAAGAAUAAAUAUAUUUUCUGGGGUUUUUCAUAAUUUACACAUUUAUUUCACAAUACUCAGGUAUUCAAUUUCUUUUACAUACUUAUAAUUUUAUUGAUAAAUAUCUUUUGCUUCCAUUAGAUCAAGUACGUUCUGUAUAAGCUGAAUUUAUUUUCCACUGUGUCUUACAACAAUAAAGUUUAACAAUUAAGGGUCGAUUAUUUUAUAAAUGGGCUUCUGUUUUACCUUUAAACAAUGCACACACAAUUCAGUUUCAUAAAAGCAUAAUAUAGUAGCAUAGUGUUAAUUAAAAUCUUCCGAAGUCUAUCUGUUAGUAUUGUCUUCUAAUCACCCCUAUCAUGCAAUCCAUCGUAGACUUGAGUUUCGUACUCGAAAAGUUAAAUCCAAGGCGUAAUGUAAAAAAUUUUGGUUGUCGGAAGAUUUAAAGAAAAAAAUUAAAAAGAAAAAGAAAAUCGUAAAAUUAUAGGCCGACUAUGGGUUACUAAUGGGCAUCGUCACUGCAAUGAAAAUGUUUAUUAUGAACAGUGACCGAGAACGCAUUCCGGUUUUGAUUUAGUUCUGUACGGGAACAAAAUGUUAUGUCAAGAAUGUUCGCAAACAGGAACAAAAGUAUUGAGAGCAGUUUGAACAGGAACAAAAUGAGAAUAAAGGGUUCGGAAACAUACUAAAAAAAAAAAACAAAAUGAGAACAAAGCUCUCAAAAAUGUUCUCAAGAAGAACAGAAUGAGAACGAAACUUUCGGGUCCAUUUCCAAUGAGAAAGAAAUUGGAACAAAAGUAUCGAGAACGUUUUCAAGUAACAACAAAAAUUUGAGGAACGUUCUUCUGGAAAACAAAACGAGAACAAAAGUUUUGAAAACUUAACGUUAAGAACGAAAGGAGCGUCUGUGUGUUGGGAUAAAAAAUCAUUUCAAUGAGAACCAUGAUUGUUAAUUCUAAGUCAGAGAAAAGCUGGAUCAUUUCCGCUUCCAGAAUAUUUAUCAUUAGGAUGAACUGUCUAUUUAUGGAAGAAUUUUUCAUUUCACGUUUGUCCCCUUUUCGUUCGUAGCCAGAACUGUUCCCGAAAGUAUUGCUCGCAUUUUGUUCUCUUUGGGGAUGUUCCACGGGGUUUCGUUCUUAUAUAAUUCCCAUUGAGAACGUUCUCCACAGUUUUUUUCUCAUUUCGGCUUGGGUAUUGAAGUACCUGCAAUCAACACUGGAGUUCAUAUAAUCUGCAGAAACAGUUGAAAAAAUAAAUUGUCUAUCGAAAUUCAUCCGGCAUAGCCGGCACUUUCUAUCUAACACGUCGAUUACACAGGCCAACAAAAUUUUAAAAAUGUUAUGUUGACUAAAAUAUUACAGCCAAUUCGUAUAUUAUUUUUCCCGUAGAAUCCUAAUUUUGAGUAUUAAAAGGCAGUGUUCAGGCUUUCAUAUCCUCCCACCCAGACAGAUAUAUUGCAUCAAUUUAUUAUUUUACAAAGGCUCGAAAAUGUCCAAAAACGCGUUUUUCGUCAACUUUCAAACCUAUGUUGCUCGAAAACUAGAGCCAAUCCAAUAUCAU